AUGGGUAUAAUCGACUUUAUCAAGGAUAUUAUUCGUCCCGGUAAUGGGGUGGAUUAUCCCAAAGCCGGCGAUAUGGUCACGGUCCACUACCAUGGCUAUCUUUAUGAUCCGACCCGAUCAUGGAACCGGGGGCGUCGGUUCGAUAGUAGUAUCAAGCGAGGAAUGCCCUUUACGUUCCAGAUUGGUAUGGGUACCGUCAUCAAAGGAUGGGAGGUCGGAAUUCUUGGCAUGAGCCUUGGGGAAAAGGCUCUUCUUACUUUUGGGCCUCACUACGGAUAUGGUGCAAGGGGUGCACCUCCAUUUAUCCCCGGUAAUUCAACUCUUGUCUUUAAUGUGGAACUUUUGGCCAUCAAUGGACGCACUCUUCAGUCAGAUGACUCUGAAUAG